ACUCCUACGGCUGUGAUCACUGUCGUCUAUUAACUUCCAUACAAGCGAGUUCUCGGAAAGUACAAUCAUUGAUAAAGACAUAAGGUUAACGCGGAACCUAUCUCGUGUUUUAGCAGAUUCGCCUCUGUACUGCUAUCACUCACCCUAACGACGCCGCUUCGUCUUAGUUUCUCCUGCUAGUAGUUUCAUCAAAUGCCAAACAAUUUCUACCUUCCUUGAUCAAUCCAUCCACAAGCAGGGAGGAACCAUGCCUACGAACGAAGGUUUCUCAGCUCUUUCGAAUUGUUAUUUAUUCAAGAGCAGAUUACAGGAAUAUGCUCAAAAAAUGGGACUUCCUACGCCUGUUUAUGAGACUACCAAGGAUGGCCCAUCUCAUGAGCCUUCAUUCAGAUCUGUUGUAGUAGUGAAUUAUGUCAGAUACGAGUCUUUGCCUGGUUUUUUUAAUCGUAAGGCAGCAGAACAGUCAGCUGCUGAGGUUGCGCUUUUGGAAUUAGCAGAACUUGGUCAAGUGAAUCCUUCCAUCUCUCAGCCUGUUCAUGAAACAGGUUUAUGCAAAAAUCUACUUCAGGAAUAUGCUCAGAAGAUGAAUUAUGCUAUUCCAAUGUAUCAGUGCCGAAAGGAUGAAGCACCAGGACAAGUGCCUCAAUUUUCAUGUACUGUUGAAGUUGGAGGCAUUCAAUAUAUUGGUGCUACUGCAAGAACAAAGAAGGAAGCAGAGAUCAAAGCUGCUAGAACUGUAUUAUUAGCCAGUCAAUCAAGUGCCUCUGAGUUAUCUGGCAAACCAAUUGGCAAUUCUCAGUUAACCGUAAUUCCUUGCCGAAAGAGGGGAUCAGAGUCAGCUGAUAGACCUCAAGUGGACAAGACUUUAAAUGUUCCAAAGCCAAAGAAAGCUCGAUUCAAAAAAAAAACAUUGAAAAAGCCUUCCAGAGACAAAGCAAGUCGAGUCCAAGUUCAUGGUACCAACAACAUGGUUCUUAAUGUGGCUGCUAAUUUGGAUGGAUCACAAAUGGGUCAAACUAAUGCAUCAGGAAUUCAAGUUGUGGUUUCCGAAACUAUGUCUAUAGAAGCAGCAAGGAAUUUCCAAGGAGGGAGAUUGGACGUUGAAGCAACUGAGGGAAAAACACUUGCUGUGAAAGAUCCUUCCACUCAAAAUGGGCAUUCAACAGCUCUAAAAUGUAACCAAAGUGUUCAUGAGGCAACUCUAUAUUCAUCAGUUGUAAAUUCUAACCAAAGUGGUUCGGAGGGUCUGAGUGGGGUGAUGUCUUAUGUAGAUACACCUGCUUUGGCGAAGGAGAAUUCUAACCAAAACAGUGGUGAAGCUAUAACCUUUGUACCAUUUGUACCUUAUGGUGAUUCAAAUGCUUUGGCCAAGGAGUUGAAUGAGACAACUAGAGUUGAGCAAGUGUCUCCACCAGUAAAUAAUCCCAUUAUGAGCCAGAUAGAGUCUUCAUGUGUCGUUCCUGGGUUAAAUUGAUGGGAAAAAAUUAUUCGAGUAGAUUAAGCUGGAGAUGGAUAGGCAUAUCCAGAUAUUGAACUGAAAUGUAAUAGGUUUACAGGAGUUGAUUGGGAUCAUGGACCAUAUAUCUGAAUUGCCUUUUAUAUUUUUUGUAUGCUAUAUUGGGUUGGUGUCGUUAGUUUGUAUGCCCAUGUUGAAAACUUGAUUUUAGUCCUACUUGCCUGGUAA